UUUCCUUUUCUCUCACGCCUUCUCACUCUCUCUAUCUCUACCAUUUACACCUCAUCUUAUAUUUACCAACUUCGUUUCUUGGUAUUUCCCGAGAAACAUUCAAGGGAAGCCCUAAAACAGGUCACUUCUUAGGUGCGUGUGACCGUCAGAGAAAAGAUAGACAGCUUCUUUCUUUCUUUCUUCUCCUUUUUCAUUAGUUACCCUCUCUUGUUAAUCAAACAUGAACUCUUGUUUAGAAGCUGAGCAUAGUCCAAUCUUUGUUAAUGGUCCGAUCAUCGUUGGUGCCGGUCCGUCCGGUUUAUCCGUAGCGGCGUGUUUGUCAAACCGAGGCGUGCCAUCAGUUAUACUCGAGAGAACCGAUUGCUUAGCCUCUUUAUGGCAAAAACGUACCUACGACCGUCUCAAGCUCCACCUCCCUAAACACUUUUGCGAGCUUCCUCUUAUGAAGUUCCCCAAAAACUUCCCGAGAUACCCCUCCAAGCAACAAUUCAUCUCUUACAUUGAGUCUUACGCUGCCCGGUUUAAUAUCGAACCGGUAUUUAACCAAACCGUCGAGAAAGCUGAGUUCGAUGUCGUCUCUGGUCUAUGGAAGGUGAAGACGCAAGACGGUGUAUACACAUCCAAGUGGCUCGUGGUGGCAACAGGGGAGAAUGCUGAACCGGUGGUACCAGAUAUACCGGGUUUAAAGAAUUUUACUGGACCGGUUGUUCACACCAGUGCGUACAAGUCCGGUUCGGAGUUUGCAAACCAGAAGGUUUUGGUGGUUGGUUGUGGAAAUUCCGGUAUGGAGGUGUGCUUGGAUCUUUGUAGAUACAAUGCUCUGCCUCAUAUGGUUGUUAGAAACCCUGUACAUGUAUUACCAAGAGACUUUUUUGGUCUCUCGAGUUUUGGAAUAGCAAUGACACUAUUGAAAUGGUUUCCACUAAAGCUGGUGGACAAUUUGCUCCUGCUUCUUGCUAAUUCUUAUCUUGGCAAUACCGACCGGUUAGGCCUCCGACGACCCAAAACCGGACCAAUUGAGCUCAAAAACGUCACCGGAAAAACUCCGGUUCUUGAUGUAGGCGCCAUAUCUUUGAUACAAUCCGGUCAAAUUAGAGUGACACAAGCGGUGAAAGAAUUAACAAAGAAGGGAGCAAAGUUUGUGGACGGGCAAGAAAUGGAGUUCGAGUCAAUAAUAUUAGCGACCGGGUAUAAGAGCAAUGUACCCGAUUGGCUCAAGGAAUAUAGUUUUUUCACAAAAGAAGGAAUGCCGAAAACGCCGUUUCCUAACGGAUGGAAAGGAGAGAAUGGACUUUACACGGUGGGUUUCACGAAGAGAGGGCUCUUGGGAACUGCCCUUGACGCCGUUAAGAUAGCGGAGGAUAUAACCGACCAGUGGAUGAAAUCUAAUGGUCCGUUGAGUGCUAGUAACAUUUGUAGUUCUUGUAUCAUCCACUUUCAUUUCAAUAAAUCAUAAGAAAUGGUUACCUUUUGUUUUGUUGUUGAUUUUUUACUCUUUUUUUUGUAACACUCUCGAUUUUUUUACUUUAUUUCUCUCAUUUCCAUCCUUUCAUGAUCUCGGAUGAGGUUUUGUAUAUUAUUUAAGAAAUAUGUAGUAGUUACGAAUGCC